GCCUUCAUCCGAUCUUUUCUCCAGUCCAGUGCUUGCACGGCUCACGCGCUUCAGCCAAGCAUCUUCUAAACGCAAGAGAGACUAAAGCCAUGGCAAGGCCCAGAGUUUUCUUCGACAUCACCGCCGGCAGCGCAGCAGUCGGAAGAGUGGUCAUAGAGCUGAGAGCUGAUGUGGUUCCUAAAACAGCAGAGAACUUCAGGCAGUUGUGCACUGGUCAGCCUGGCUAUGGCUACAAAGGAUCCACGUUUCAUCGCGUCAUCCCCAAUUUCAUGUGCCAGGGGGGCGACUUCACGAAACACAAUGGAACUGGUGGAAAGUCCAUUUAUGGCAACAAGUUUGAGGAUGAGAACUUCAUCCUGAAGCACACCGGCCCUGGCAUCCUGUCCAUGGCCAACGCCGGCCCCAACACCAACGGCUCCCAGUUCUUCAUCUGUACAGAAGCUACUUCAUGGCUGGACGGCAAGCACGUUGUCUUCGGACAGGUUGUGGAGGGCAUGGAUGUCAUCAGGAAAGUGGAGGGCUAUGGUUCCAGCAGUGGAAAGACCAGUACCAAGAUCGUCAUCGCUGACUGUGGCCAGCUGUAAACACCUCAACCACUAACCUUCACCUGAACCCUAGUCUAGUACCCCUCAGUGCUCCCGUUUAUAAAUCCUGCCGCUAACCCCAACAUUCCUGUUCAAGUUCUACCACCCCUCCCCUAUAUCUUUCAAAUCUUUCUCUUUGACAAGUUGCCUUUGCGGUUUUCAUUUGCAAAUGAAGUCAUGUAGGCCUAUAAUUUGUGUAUCAAUGUCUUAAAAUAAAGGGGAACAAUGACAUGAAACUUUA